CACCUCCAAACUCUGUGUAUCCGUGUGUGUUGUGAAUAAUAAACAAUCAGUCAUUGUGGCAGUGUCCAGGCGCUACAAAACGCAAACACGCGGUGUGUCCAGCGUUCGUUAUCUAGUACAAAGCUCUUCUGCGUGUGCAACCUUCACGGGCUACUUGAGUUGGUAGCGCGGAACAGAACUUACAAGCGACGAAGCAACCCUCGAGUCGAAAAUGUUGUCCCAUUUGCUGAAGAAUGAAGACGUCAUCGUUUCGACCGGCAACGUGCUGAACGUGAGCGAUCUGCGCAAAAAGGCCGGCCAGAAGCCGACCGACGAGCUCACCGAUUGCCUCCGUUCAACGUUCGGCGAUGCGGAAGUGGUCGAACAGAAGCACCAACACCGGCGGCUGGUCGUUCGCCGGAACAACGAUCUGCUCGAGAAGGUCGGUGAACAUCCGCGGAAGGACAUUAAGAUCGGUGCGAAAAUCUUUCUCACGUGCUUCUCCGAGUCCGCCCUAACCGAGGCGGUCGAGAAACUGUUCGAAGUGCUGGAAGUGUCCUACCUGGACAACCUCAUUCUGGCGUGCCAUCCGCCGGCCGUCAGCACCACCAAUGGUACGGGGAGCGGGGAGCGACCAGAGGACGACGGGGACUCGAAGGAGGAAGGUGUGCUCGAGUGGGCCGUCGGGAGUGACAAUGCGGUCGGAAAUCUGCAGAACCUGUGGGGCCUUCUCGAGCGGUACUCGGGGCUGGGUAAGAUCGGCCAGCUGGGCAUCGCCGAUCUGGAUGCCGAUUCGCUGCAGAAGCUGUACGAAGGGGCGACGGUUCGUCCGACGAUUGCGCAAAUCAAUCUAGCAGCCUGCUGCGUGGUGCCACCGGAGUUGCAGGCCUACUGUAAUCAGAACGAAAUUCAGCUACUAACACACAGCGAUCCACAAGAGCUACUGCCGCGGGACGUUCUGAACGAAUUGGAACUCGAUAAUUACGGUGUGGCUUGGUCGUUAAGGUAUCAGGUACACAUCAAGUGCCGUGGGGUCCUGGCGGCCAAAGGGUUCAUUGUGAGCUUGGAUCGAUCGAACUGAGCAGGCUGAGAGGUGAACCACCAGUGAACAUUGCUACUGCAGGACAGUUCUUUGAUAAACCCUUAUACAUUCGAAUUACCGAAGCGGAGCAGGCGACGCAUUUGGCGGACGACAACGAAGAAGAUGGGUGCGUACCAGAAGGACCCAACCUGUGUGUGUGUGAGUUAUUGUGCCGUCAACCUGUGUUUCCUGGGCGCAGCUGUGGGUUUAGUUGUUAGCCGUUGUUAGUCCGUCGUUUUCUCUGUUUUCCUAUGACCAGAUGCUCUUAACACACACAACAUACGAUGUUAACAAUACCGUAAGCGACUGUGAAGAUUUUAGGAGAAGAGAACUAAUGGCGCCGAAGAAACGGAAGGGGUGGUAACUUAACGUGUUAGUGGAUAGGACUUAGUAGAACAAAAAGACAACAAAUCUUUUGCCCCGGCAGCAAGUUUAUAUGAUGAUACUAUUACCAUAGCGCCGCUGUAGCCGAAAAGAAGUACAACAUUGUGUGUCGUCAGUGUAGGUUUAUAACGCUUUUUACGCAUAGUGAUAGAGAGAGAUGGCCACACAGAGCCACCCAACAGGCAGCAGUUUACAAUGAAUGUGUUUUUCAUUCGUUUCGUCUUACAAUUCGCAUUUCAAACCCCGGUAGUGUUUCGGAGGUGAACACAUUUUCCCACCGGUCUGGCGUGCAAGCUUUCAUGCAAGCUGCAUCCGUGUUCCGAACCCGGUCGUGUUGCAGUAACUUUUGCAACGUGAUGGACUAUCCGAUCGGUAAAGAUUUACGCAUUCAAUUUGAUUAUUUUCAUAUUAUUUCCCGAUAUUUUGGUUGUCUGAAGAUGGAUAAAAGAAAUUCGGGUCAAAGUUGGCGACGUCAACCACCGACGAUGUGCUGCUUGUGUGCAAUCGCGAACCGCGGGAACCCACCACCAGCUGGCGCUGAUCGAUUCAUUCGGAUGACCGGUCAUCGGAAAGCGCGAUGGGAAAUUUGACAAAAAUCGUAUUUCGGAUUUCUGACCACAUUUUAUUUCAACUUUAAAGGACAAAGAACACUUAACCGGGCACCCCAAAAUGGAAGGAAGGGACAAAACAAACUAAACUUAUAAAGCAGUAGUUCCGAUGAAUGUGUAGAACUUCGUGGUGUUUCUUUUAGAGGAACGUGUCACAGUGCGUGUUGUGUGUUCCGUCUGCCGGAUGACCGGAUGUGGUUACGCUUAAGGGUGUGUGCGUUCCGCAGGAUCUUCUUUCCGGCUUGUAGUCACGCGUAAACACAUCGACCUAUUUACACCGUCCGCCCAGAGGACAGAUAACUGUGUUAACAAUGAUAAAACGAACAA